CGGGAGGAUGGGGGGGGAGGAGAGAAAGGAAAGCAGGGAGGGGCUCCGCCUUUUCCCUGUGGGAAUCAGAAUCAGUUGGGGGGGGCUGGAUGCAGACCACCCUGUUGCAAAGUGGGGUCCCCCUCUCCCAACGGGGUUUUGCAUUGCAAGAUCCUUUUUAAACGCAGAGAGCAAGCCAGCCUCCCAUGGUGGGGGGAGGGGAGGGGGGCGAAGACACUUGAGCUUAACCAGAAAAGGGUGCCCCCCCAAAAGGAUUUGCAGCCCCACUCUGUGCAUGUUGACUCAGAAGUCAGUCCUUCUCCAUUCAAAGGGGUGUCAGCCCCAUUCCACCUAGUGAUGCUCCUCUCUCUUUAACAGCCUCCAUCUCCCUUCUCACUGCUGCCCCCCUCCUGCCCCCCCAUGGCUCCCCCCAGGCUCUGCCUUCUCUCCUCCUGUCAGGGAGCCAGUCUGGAUGGCAGGGGAGGGGCGAGCUCCUCCAGGACCCUGAUGUGCCCCCCUCCGAAAUCGGCUGCUGAAGCAGGGGGAGAGGAAGUGGAAGCAGCUGAAGAACAGAGUCUCCUCUGGAUUGGGAGAGAGGGAGGAGAUUUCGAAUUGGGUGGGGGGUGAGAGAUAGACAAUGUCAAGGGAAAUCGGCUUCCUGAGUGUCCUUAGUAAGAAACAGGCUGAUGUGUGAAGGAAGCAAAAGGAAACAACAAUUUGCUUCUUGGGAAGGGGGAGGCACCCCAAUAGUUCGUCUUGGUGCAAAGAGGGAAGAAUGAAUCUGAUUCCCCCCCCCUCGCAGAUUUUGAUGCUGUUUCUUUCCAAAUAGAAGCUUUUCCAGAUAUCCUCUUGGGACUUUGCCAGAUAGCAGGAUCAAAGCACCCAGGAGUGGGAGAUCUUGCCUGCCUUGCAGGAUUGUUCCAGCGUAGAGGUGCUGAGAGACUUUCUCUGCCGGUUCUGCCAGCCUCACUCCUGCCUGGCCUCAUCCCCAUCCAGGAGCUGCUCCCUGCAUUGAAGUGCAUUGUGGCAACAGCUGAGAGAGUCCCAGAAGUGGCCCAGUUUAUGCUUCUUCUUCCUCCUCCUCCGUCUUUUCCACUGUCAACGCAAUGGCCUCCGAGACACCCUCUGAACAGUCUCUUCUUAAAGAUGGAGUGGAAAGAGGAGCCAGGCAGCUUCCUCAGGCCCUCUUGACCUUUGAGGAGGUGGCUGUGUUUUUCACAGAGGAGGAGUGGGCUCUGCUGGAUCCAGGCCAAAGAGCUCUGCACAAGGAAGUCAUGGAGGAGAAUUAUGAGAUGGUGGCCUCUCUAGCAGAGACUCUGAUACGCAAGUCUGAGCUCAACUCGCUUGGAACUGAAAAAUACAGGGAUGUUGCCCUGGACCAAUUGAGAGGUGGUGGAGAAAGCAAUCAGAAUUAUGAGCGGCCAUCUGUAAAGUACUUCGCUGUGAGUGAACACCUUAGCACACAUCUUCAAAAUAACACUGGGGAGAAAACCUUUAAAUGUAUGGAGUGUGGAAAAAGCUUCAGUGAAAAUGGAAAACUUACCGUACAUCAACGAAUUCACACAGGGGAGAAACCAUUUAAAUGUAUGCAUUGUGGAAAGAACUUCAGACAGUCUUCACACCUUACUGUACAUCAACGAACUCACACAGGGGAAAAACCAUUUAAAUGUACGAAGUGUGGGAAGUGCUUCAGUGAGAGUGGAAGUUUUACUCUACAUCAACGAACUCAUACAGGGGAGAAACCAUAUAAAUGUAUUGAGUGUGGGAAGUGUUUCAGUGAAAGUAGAAAACUUACUGUACAUCAACAAAUUCACACAGGGGAGAAACCCUUUAAAUGUAUGGAGUGCGGAAAGAGCUUUAGUCAGAAUGGAAGCCUCACUGUACACCAACAAAUUCACAGAGAGGAAAAACCAUUCAGAUGUAUGGAGUGCGGAAAGAGCUUCAGUCAGAGUGGAAGCCUUACUACACAUCAACGGUGUCACACAGGAGAGAAACCAUUCAGAUGUAUUGAGUGUGGGAAGUGCUUCAGUCAGUGUUCACACCUUACUAGACAUCAGCGGACUCACACAGGGGAGAAACCAUUUAAAUGUAUGGAGUGUGGGAAGGGCUUUAGUCACAAUGGAAUACUUACUGUUCAUCUACGAACUCACACAGGGGAGAAACCCUUUAGUUGUACAGUGUGUGGGCAGAGCUUCAGUCACAAUGGAAUGCUUACUGUACAUCAACGAACUCACACAGGGGAGAAACCAUUUAAAUGUAUGGAGUGUGGAAAGACCUUCAGUCAGUGUUCACACCUAACUAUACAUCAACGAACUCACACAGGGGAGAAACCAUUUAAAUGUAUGGAGUGUGGGAAGGGUUUCAGUCAUAAUGGAAUACUUACUGUACAUCAACGAACUCACACAGGGGAGAAACCAUUUAAAUGUAUGGAGUGUGGGAAGGGUUUCAGUGAGAGUGGAGCUCUUACAAGACAUCAACAAACUCACACAGAGGAGAAACCAUUUGGAUGUAUGGAGUGUGGAAAGAGCUUUAGACACACCUCACACCUUACUCUCCAUCUACGAACUCACACAGGGGAGAAACCGUUUAGAUGUAUAGAGUGUGGGAAAAGCUUCAGUCGGUGUUCACAUCUUAAUAUACACGUACGAACUCACACAGGGGAGAAACCCUUUAAAUGUAUGGAGUGUGGGAAGGGUUUCAUUGAGAGUGGAGCUCUUACUAAACAUCAACGAUCUCACACAGGGGAAAAACCAUUUAAAUGUAUGGGUUGUGGGAAGUGCUUCAGUAAGAGUGUAACUCUUAGAAAACAUCAGCAAACUCACAGAGAAACAACUAGUCCCGGAAGUGGCCAGUUUUACGCUUCCUCCGAAUCCCCUACAGGCAGCGCAAUGGCCUCAGAGGCACCAUUUGGACCGUCUCUUCUUAAAGCUGGAGUGGAAAGAGGAGCCAGGCAGUUUCCUCAGGCCCUCUUGACCUUUGAGGAGGUGGCUGUGCUUUUCACGGAGGAGGAGUGGGCUCUGCUGGAUCCAGGCCAAAGAGCUCUGCACAAGGAAGUCAUGGAGGAGAAUUAUGAGAUGGUGGCCUCUCUAGGUGAUGGAAAAGGCAAUCAGAAUAUUGAAGGGCCAUCUGUAAAUUACUUCAGUGUGAGUGAACACCUUAGCACAGAUCUACAAACUAACACAGAGGAGAAACCCUUUAAAUGUAUGGAGUGUGGAAAGAGUUUCAGUGAAAGAGGAAAACUUACCGUACAUCAACGAAUUCACACUGGGGAGAAACCAUUUAGAUGUAUGGAAUGUGGGAAGUGCUUCAGUCAGUGUUCACACCUUACUAUACACCAACGAAUUCACACCGGGGAGAAACCAUUUAAAUGUAUGGAGUGUGGAAAGAGCUUCAGUGAGAGUGGAAAACUUACUGUACAUCAGCGAACUCACACAGGGGAGAAACCUUUUAAAUGUAUGGAGUGUGGGAAGAGCUUCAGUGUAAGUGGAAAGCUUACUAUACAUCAACGAACUCACACAGGAGAGAAACCCUUUAAAUGUAUGGAGUGUGGAAAGAGAUUCAGUCAGUGUUCACAGCUUACUAUACAUCAGCGAACUCAUACAGGGGAGAAACCAUUUAGAUGCAUGGAGUGCGGAAAAAACUUCAGUGUAAGUGGAAAACUUACUGAACAUCAACAAACUCACAUAGGAGAUAAACAAUUUAGAUGCAUGGAGUGCGGAAAGUGCUUCAGUUGUAGUGGGAGCCUUACUGUACAUCAACAAAGUCACAAAGGGGAUAAACCUUUUAAAUGUAUGGUGUGUGGAAGGUUCCUCAGUAGUAGGGGAGCACUUAAAAAACAUCACUUAACUCACACAACAGAUAAACCAUUUAAAUGUAUGGAGUGUGGAAAGAGCUUCAUUGAAAGUUCACAGUUUGCCAUACAUCUACGAACUCACACAGGGGAGAAACCCUUUAAAUGUUUGGAGUGUGGAAAGAGCUUCAGUACAAGUUCACAGCUUACUAUACAUCAGCGAACUCACACAGGGGAGAAACCUUUUAAAUGUAUGGAAUGUGGAAAGAGCUUCAUUGAAAGUGGAAAACUUACUGUACACCAACGAAUUCACACAGGGGAGAAACCAUUUACAUGUGUGGUAUGUGGAAAGAGUCUCAGUAGUAGGGGAGCACUUACAAAACAUCAACUAAUUCAUGCAGGGGAGAAACCAUUUAAAUGUAAGGAGUGUGGAAAGUGUUUCAGUGAAAGUUCACAACUGCUCAUACAUCUUCGAAUUCACUCAGGAGAUAAACCCUUUAAAUGUAUGGAGUGUGGAAAGAGCUUCAGUCGGAAGGGAGUCCUUAUUGUACAUCAACGAACUCAUAUGGGGAAGAAACCAUAUAAAUGUUUGGAGUGUGAGAAGAGCUUCAGUUGUUGUGAAAAUCUUAAUUUACAUCAACGAACUCACACAGGGGAGAAACCCUUUAAAUGCUUGCAUUGUGGAAAGAGCUUCAGUAAUAGUGGAAACCUUACAAGACAUCAACGAACUCACACAGGAGAGAAACCCUUUAAAUGUAUGGAGUGUGGAAAGUGCUUCAGCAGUAGUGGAGCACUUACAAAACAUCAAGUAACUCACACAGGAGAUAAACCAUUUAAAUGUAUCGAGUGUGGAAAGAGCUUCAGUGAAAGGGGGAAGCUUACUGUACAUCUACGAAUUCACACAGGGGAGAGACCCUUUAAAUGUAUGGAAUGUGGAAAGAGUUUCAGUGAAAGUGGAAAACUUACUGUACAUCAACGAUCUCACACAGGGGAGAAACCAUUCAGAUGUCUGGUCUGUGGAAAGUGCUUCAGUCGGAAUGGAAUCCUUACUGUACACCAACAAACUCAUAUACGGGAGAAAUCAUUUAAAUGUAUGGAGUGUGAAAAGAGCUUCACUAAAGGAUCACAACUGAUCAUACAUCUACGAACUCACACAGGGGAGAAACCUUUUAAAUGUUUGGAGUGUGAAAAGAGUUUCACUUGUAGAGGAAGCCUUACUGUACACCAGCGAACACACAGAGGGGAGAAACCAUAUAAAUGUUUGGAGUGUGGAAAGAGUUUCAGUCGAAGUGGGCAUUUUAGAAUACAUCAGCGAACUCACACAGGGGAGAAACCAUUUAAAUGUAUGGAAUGUGGGAAGUGCUUCAUUGAGAGUGGAGCUCUUACAAGACAUCAACGAACUCACACAGGGGAUAAACCAUUUAAAUGUAUGGAAUGUGGAAAGAGCUUCAGAGAAAGGGGCAAACUUACUGCACAUCAACAAAUUCAUGCUGGGGAGAAACUAUUUAAAUGCAUGGAGUGUGAGAUGUGCUUCAAUGAGAGUGGAGCACUUACAACACAUCAAGAAGCUCACAGAGAAGAAACCUUGUAAAUUGAAGGAGUGUGGCCAGUGCCUCAGUUAAGGUCAUCUACAUACUCUCACGGGAAAACCCAUUUAGAUGUUUGGAGUGUUUCUAGUGUUUACUUUGUUCUUCACAUCAACAAACUCAUAUCAAUUGUAAAUGCAUGGAGUGUUGUUGAUGUUCUGGUUUUUGUAUGGAAAGUUGUACACACAUGUGAUAAAGUAAUGAAGGUAAAUAUAAUAGUAAAUAGUAAAUAUAAUGAAAGAUAUGAUGUACUCUUAGGGAUGUGCAAAGUGUGAAUCUGGAGUGCUGUUGGUGAGUGAUGACUGGGCAAUAAUAGGCCCUUUAGCAGCAAACAAGUUUAGUCUUCUCAUUUUGUACUGGAAAAUCCUCUUCAAGAACAGGGUGCACUUUCUAAUUAGUGCACCCUGUCCCGGAUUGACAACAUUCACUGUCUAGGACCUGUUACAGAAAGUGAUUUUGUAUUAACUUUGAAACAAGGGAAAGCCAAUCCUGUUCCAAUAGCAGCAAUCACCACACAGUCAUUCCUCCCUCUUUUGUAUGUGUGAAAAACCUCUUCAUACACAAAACUCAGACAAAUUUUGGCUGUUCUGUCCUGGUUGCGCUGCAGUCCAUAAGCCUGAACUUGUAUUGUCUUCAAGGCUGACAGCGUACGAAUCAAUAUGGCUGACUUGAGCCAACAACCCUUUACCCUCACACAUCCAAACAAAACUCGCUGCAGCCCACUUAAGGCAACCAACCAUGGCCUGGGCCACCCAACCUCUCUCACCGCCAAUGAAAACUUAAAAAUGAAUAGAAAGAGAACCUACCCACGUGAUGCUGACACAGAAACCUUGCACAUAUGCUGUAUAAAAGAACCAACAUUUACUACCCCCUCUCUCCGCCUCUUUCUCCCCCCCCCCAACUUUAUGUCUCACGUCGAGUAUAAUAUAAUAUACGGUAUAAAAUCUUUAUUGCGGUCCAAAGCCCCGUAACAUAGAUUCAGAAUAAAAUACAGAUUUAUACAGACACCCCCACCCCCCCGGGAGAGGAAGACUGAGACAAUAUUUGUUCAGUCUUGAGUAUGAUGGUCUUUGAUACGUAUUACUACCAAAACAAACUUUGCCACAGCCACUGUGAUAUCAUUAGACUUGUAAUCCAGAAGAUAUUUGGUAUAGUAGGCUUCAGAUUUAGCCAACCGAUUUGCCAGUAGGGGUUUAAUCAAUAUAUCUCUAGCUUGCUCAUACUGUCCGCAAUGCCAUAGGAUAUGCCUCAUACAAUCAACGUCCUGAGAGCAUAUACAGAGCCUCUCAGUCUGCCAUUUAGCACUUCUGAUGGAAAUGCAUUUAAUCUGGCUUUGGUAAAAAGAUGCCGAUAAAUUGGUACAGGCAAAUUUCUAAGAUAUGCAGGUUUCUGAAAAUUGUACCCGUAAUGAAUUCCUACUGCUAUCGAGCCACAGAUAACAUGAGAUUGAGAUCGGAGAUCACUAUGUGAUUAUGUCCCAGAGCCUUUGCCUCAGAGAUUCAAGGGCGGUAUCAAAUCCCAGAUGGUAAAAGAGAGAAGGUGGCAUUCCAGUCAAAGUGGCUUUUCUGAGCAUAGUUUUCAUCCAUGGGCUGAUAAACUCCUCGUUGUUUAGAGUAACCCCUAUUCCCCAGGCCAAAGACAGAUCUUAAUCCAGUAUCUCAGGGCAGCCCACCAUACUUCUGUUGAGAGAGGGCAUUCACCUGUUUCUAAAAAUAGAAUUGCAUUUGGAACACAAUUUGGAACCUGUAAAAGGGACCAGUGAAACUUUGCCUGGAACCCAUCAAACAUGGGGAAUGAACCAUUGAACCAGACGCUUGGGCGUAGAGGAGUUGAGAGACAUUAAAUACCCUAAUGGCUGAUGGAACAUAAUGGCCUCCCCUUGUAUAAAAGAAUUAAAGUAUAGCUAGUUUACUUACCUCCACCUUUUGAUAGGUGGUCUGCCAAUGGUGUUUCCAGAACUUAGAAUGAUGGAAUAGAAUCCUUAGGUACUGGAGGUAUUUGGUCUGCUCUAGUUUGUGACCAUGUGAUCAUGGCCACUGGUCCCAUCACCACCUGGCAAAUAGAAGGGGAAGAAAUGGAGGCAGUGAGAGAUUUUACUUUCUUGGGUUCCUUGAUUUCUGCAGAUGGUGACAACAGUCACAAAAUUAAAAGACGCCUGCUUCUUGGGAGAAAAGCAAUGACAAACCUAGACAGCAUCUUAAAAAGCAGAGACAUCACCUUGCCAACAAAGGUCCAUAUAGUUAAAGCUAUGGUUUUCCCAGGAGUGAUGUAUGGAAGUUAGAGCUGGACCAUAAAGAAGGCUGAUCACCAAAGAAUUGAUGCUUUUGAAUUAUGGUGCUGGAGGAGACUCUUGAGAGUCCUAUGGACUGCAAGAAGAUCAAACCUAUCCAUUCUGAAGGAAAUCAGCCCUGAGCGCUGACUGGAAGGACAGAUCCUGAAGCUGAGGCUCUAAAACUUUGGCACCUCAUGAGAAGACUCCCUGGAAAAUACCCUGAUGUUGAGAAAGAUUGAGGGCACAAGGAGAAGGGGACAACAGAGGACAAGAUGGUUGGACAGUGUUCUUGAAGCUACCAAAAUGAGUGUGACCAAACUGCGGGAGGCAGUGGAAGACAGGAGUCCUGGCAUGCUAUGGUCCAUGGGGUCACGAAGAGUCGGACAUGACUAAAAGACUAAACAACAACAAAGGUUUGUGACCAUCCAGCACCCAUUUACUCAGGAGAAUCUUUUCUCAAACACCAGGACUUCUGGUUUUUCAAAAUUAAUGCAUAACCCAUUACCAGAGCAGUAGUCUGAGAAUUUCCUUAGUUGGUAGUUCAGGCCAGGUCUGGAUCGGGAGAGGAUGGCUGCGUCAUCUGCAUGCAGCAAGAGAGGGGUAUUUGUUCCUAUUUUUGGAAGGUGGCCAUCAGGAUCCAUCGAGUAUAACUGAUCUGUAGAAAGGACUUUAUGAAAUGAAAAUAGAGGUGGUGUAUGUACUUUUGUAACCCAAUAAAAUCUUUAAUAAAAUAAAAAUUAAAAAACAACGCCAGUAUUUGAGAUAGGCUAGAUCAGUUCCUGCCUCUUAUUGAGGGGAGACCCAACUCGGAUGAGCCGCCAGAAUCCCAGGACGCCCCAAAAUCUGCCUUCUAGUUUGGAUUCCACACUAAUUCCCCAGACCUCAGCCCUGUAAAGCAUUUGGGCAAUGAUCUUUGACACAUAAAUUUUAAUGUCUGGAUUGAUUGACGGCUCCCACCCUUCAAAUGGAAAAUACCAGUAUAGUUGCCCAGUUGAGUGGGCAGGUAAUAACUUGAUUGAAUUCAGAUGUAUUGAAGUAUUGUUGGAGGUAAAGACUCAAAAGGUUUAUCUACAAAACCUCAUUGAAUUAGGUUCCAAAAUUUGAAUUAAUUCCCUUCAAUAAGAGCCCAAACCCAAAGAUUUCCAACUAUUUUCAUAAUGUUCCAUUUUUUAAAAUCUUUUUCAUAAUGUUCCAUUUUUAAAAUCCUUUUCAUAAUGUACCACUUU